UGGUCCUGGUUUCAUUUCGAUGACUUCUCCAGAUCAGGCCACAGCAGCGUACUACGUAUUAUUCGCCAUGUUUAAUUACUUUACAAUUGUUAUUUUGAGCUCAUUCACUGGAUUGGCCCUGCAUCUUCAAAUGGCAACAGGAAACCCAAUCUUGCACAACCCAAAUUACAGAUCAAAUUGUAUGUCUUCUUCCAUCAAGCUCACGAUUUGCUGGGAAAAGUCCUCCGCAGUUUGUUGUUUAUGGCUUGGAAUUUGAUCCCGUUUUGCCUACCAACAAAAGAAACUGACUGUUGUUGAGAUGGCCAACAUAAAACAAGGCUUGAGGGUGAACCUAUUCUCUACAAAAUGUGGGAAUGGGAACCAAAGCACCACAUUAAAGUGGAGCCCAAGUAGGUUGUCUGUUUGACCCCAGUAGUGGGUCCCUCCUUCCUUAAAGUGAUCCCACAGGAAGCUUCUUUGGUCAGCUGGACGGCACGGAUGGGAGGACAGCAGCGAUGGCGUUGCCGUCAUUCGUUACCGUAUUUAUACUCUCUUCCUUUUCUCUCUAUCUUUGAGCUUUGAAAAAAGUGAAUAAAUUAUUAGUAAAUAAAUAAAUAAAACAGAGCUCUUCUUUCUCUCUAAUUCCACUGCUCUCAAAGCUACUUUCUUUUUUCUUUUCCAACUGUAAAAGUUUGAUUUUUUUUUUUCACAAAAGAAUGGCUAACUGUCAUCCAAACGGCGUCGGAUCGAUAGUCCUCGACCGCCCUUCCACCACUGCCACCACUACCGGCAACCACUUCAGACUAUGGCAAGCUUUCUCCGCCGCCGCAUUCCGAAGAAAAAUCUUCGACGCAGUAAGCUGCGGCUCCAGUUCUUGUCACCGCCUCCUGCUCAUGGAAGAAGUGCCCAACGACACCGUCACGAUAAAGACGGUCUUAAAAGAGUCCAACGAACCAAAAAAAACAGACAAAGUAGUGAAAAAACCCAACGACAGUGGCAAGUCAGAGAAGCUAGCGGAUCUCUUUAACUUAGCGGAAGUGGAAACUGAGGCUGAGACUAAGAAGAAAGUGGAAACUUUGGAGGAGUUAAAGCGCGUGGGUAAGGAAUUGCAAGUGGAAGAAGAAGAACAGAAGAGAAAAGCUGCGAGUAGAGUAAGGUUGCUUACUAAAGAAGACCCGGAAGCCAGAGUGACUUUGGCUAUGCUCGGAACGAUUCCGCCAUUGGUUGCAAUGCUUGAUUAUGAAGAUUCUGAUUCACAGAUCGCUGCUCUCUAUGCUUUGCUUAAUCUAGGAAUCGGAAAUGACGCGAACAAAUCAGCUAUUGCUAAAGCUGGGGCUGUGCAUAAGAUGCUAAAGCUUAUUGAAUCCCCAGAUGCACCAAGCCAGGCAGUUUCAGAUGCCAUAGUAGCAAAUUUCCUUGGCUUGAGCGCCUUGGAUUCCAAUAAGCCUAUCAUUGGAUCUUCAGGGGCUAUCCCUUUCUUGGUAAAAACUCUCAAGAUUUUGGACAGAAGAAGCAGGUCUCAAGCAAGGCAGGAUGCCCUUCGAGCUCUUUAUAAUCUAUCCAUCUCCCCAUCAAACAUUUCCUUCAUUUUGGAAGCUGAUUUGAUACCCCUUCUGCUGAAUUCCUUGGGAGACAUGGAAGUUAGUGAAAGAAUUCUUUCAAUUUUGAGCAAUGUAGUAUCCACUCCAGAAGGUAGAAAAGGCAUUAGUAUUGCCCCAGAUGCAUUCCCAAUUUUGGUUGAUGUGUUGAAUUGGACGGACUCGCCAGGGUGCCAGGAGAAGGCAUCAUACAUUCUAAUGGUGGUGGCACAUAAAGCAUAUGGAGACAGACAGGUCAUGAUUGAAGCAGGCGUUGUUUCAUCAUUGCUUGAACUAACACUUUUGGGUAGUACGUUAGCACAGAAGCGAGCUUCUAGAAUUUUGGAGGUCUUGAGAGUAGACAAAGGGAAGCAAGUUUCAGAGAACUUUGGUGGGAAUAUUACUGCAGCAGUGUCUGCUCCUAUUUGCGGGUCUUCAUCCUCUUCAACAAAUCCAAAUGGAAAGGAGUGCUUGGUGGAAGAAGAAGCCAUGAUGAGCGAGGAGAAAAAAGCUGUUAAGCAAUUGGUCCAACAGAGUUUGCAGAACAAUAUGAGGAGAAUUGUCAAUAGGGCCAAUUUGCCACAAGAUUUUGUUCCAUCAGAAAAUUUCAAGUCCCUCACAGCAAGCUCAACUUCAAAGAGCUUGCCGUUUUGACCAAAAGUGGAUUAACUAUUGCAAUUUGCAAGCAUGGAGAAUGAAGAAGAAAGUCAGCAGUUGGUCUUCUUUUUACAGCCACGUUGUGCUUUUUGUUUUUGUAGCAUUUGUCAAUGUAUGAUAUUAGCCAAUGUCAAUACUCCACUGUCCUAUCAUAAGCUUUGUGGAAAUUGUUUCUUUUGGCUGAGUUCAAAACUUCAAAUUCAUCCGUGUGUGAUCGAUCUGCUAGGGUCUGAAUGACCUCUGCUGGCAUUUAUUAAUGACAGUUAAAAAAAAAAAAUCACUUUCGGGAUCUGAAUAGUGAUUUACCAUCAAGUCAUAAACGAUCUGAAUGACGAAACCUAUUCCAGGAGAUAAUUGGUUGUUUGUCAGUGGUAUGGCAUGCAAAACAGGAAAAUCUGAGGGUUGAUUUUGUCAAUUAGAUUAAUGUUCUCGCCAUCUCGGUCCCCUACCUCCCUGCAAUUAAGGAGUCACUUUCAACCCCAACGCUGGUACUCUUUUGUCCAAAGCCUUGGCCCCACGCUUUAAUUUUCCCUUUGUGUAUUUUUCAUCACACGCGCCUGUUAAGAACAGAGGUGUCCGUUAUUUUCUCCUGCAUAGAAACAAGGACCAUUCAUUGCAAUUUCCAUCUGGAAUCUCUGGAUUUACAGAGAUGAAUUUCUAGCUACUUAUGCAUUCGUAGAGGGAACAUGGACUUGUUAAACCCUGUUUUUUUCUUUAGUUUAAACAAUUCUAUAAUUUAUC